AUGAAUCAUCGACUUUUCCUAGUUUUCACAUUGAUUAUCACUUUUUGUAUAUUCUCGACAAUGGCUGAUAAAAAUCAAGAAAAACGGUAAGUGAAAAAAAUUGAAUAGAAAACAUUUUCGAAAUGAUAUUUAAAAAUUCAAAAAAAUGUUGGGUCACGUGGAAAUAAUUUUUUUCAUUACAUCAUUUCAUGAAAAUUUAAUUUGAAAUUAACUAUUCUAUUUUUAUUUUGGAUUAAAUAAAUAAAAAAUAUUUUUUAAACAACUUUUACGUGGAGGGAUUUCGUUAGAUUAUCAAAUGUGGUUUGAAAUUACAUUUCUGUAAUUUAUUUUUAUCAAGGUCUAGCGUAAUUAUAAUUUCAGUUGCGUGUCGAAACUGAAAUUAAAAUGUUUUCAUGAGAUACACCUCUUCGUAUUUUUCAAAUAAAUCAGAAUAAUAAUUACAGAAGUGCCACAAAUCAAGAACAACAAAAAAGUGAAAAAUCUGAACCUGAAGGUCCAGAAUAUAUUCGAGGAAGUAAUAUGAUUGGAGCUGGUCGCCAUAGACAUAAUCACAAAAAAACAACAGAAAAGGAUAACUUAAAACAAGAAAAUUAA